UAAGCUUCCGCCGUCUAUACACCUUUCCCCACUACUUGUUCUCUCGUGCUCCUUCGCCUCUUUCUUCUACGUCUAUUUUAAUCUUGUUCCUUCCCCGCUGCGAGCGUCUAGUUCCAUAUCUUCUCCGUGAUACCCCGCGUUUUCUACAUUCGCCCCCCGGCCGGCAGAGCGGCGGAUCAGCUCUACCCACCUGCUUAGAUCCGCAAAGCAUCGAUUUUCUCCACCGAUAGUCGCUUUCUUCAAGUCAACCCCUUAAUCAAGAUCCUGUCCAGUUUCAACUCGAAAAUGACGCCUGGCCUUGUUGAACCAGCCGUUCCCGAAUCUUCCACCAAAUCGCUGUCUUCCGUGGUCGAAUCCUACGACGAUACGCUGCGCUUUUAUCUUAACGGCACCAGGGUAGUACUGGACGAUGCCGAUCCGGAAGUCACGCUGCUGGAAUACCUGCGCGGCAUCGGUCUGACAGGCACGAAGCUCGGCUGCGCAGAGGGCGGCUGUGGCGCCUGUACGGUUGUCGUGAGCCAGUGGAAUCCGACGACAAAGCAGAUUUACCAUGCCAGUGUGAACGCAUGUCUGGCGCCGCUGGUCAGUGUGGACGGGAAACAUGUCAUCACCGUGGAGGGUAUUGGAAACGUGAACAGGCCGCAUCCGACUCAGGAACGGAUCGCGAAAAUGAAUGGAAGCCAGUGUGGCUUUUGUACGCCUGGUAUCGUCAUGAGUCUGUAUGCUCUCCUCCGCAAUGAUCCUGACCCGUCCGAACAUGACGUGGAAGAAGCUUUCGAUGGCAACCUCUGCAGGUGUACAGGAUACAGACCAAUCCUGGAUGCAGCACAGAGCUUCAGCGCAAAAGGAGGAUGUGGAAAAGCAACAGCAAAUGGAGGUGGCGGAUGCUGCAUGGAGAAGACUAACGGCACGAACGGCACGAACGGUUGUUGCAAAUCCCAGUCAGAUGGUGUCGACGGUGAUGCGCAGCCCAUUAAGCGUUUCACUCCGCCUGGAUUCAUUGAGUACAAGCCAGAUACCGAGCUUAUAUUCCCUCCUCAGCUGCGGAAGCACGAAUUCAAACCACUGGCUUUUGGAAACAAGAGAAAGAGAUGGUUCAGGCCUGCAACUCUGCAACAAUUGCUGGAGAUCAAGAACGCAUAUCCCUCGGCUAAGAUCAUCGGUGGAAGCACCGAGACGCAGAUUGAGGUCAAGUUCAAGGGCAUGCAGUACACCGCCUCGGUUUUCGUAGGAGAUAUUCCGGAGUUGAGGCAGUAUUCUUUCAAAGACGAUCACCUCGAGAUAGGGGGUAACGUGGUACUCACUGAUCUGGAAAAGAUUGCAAAGGAGGCCAUCAAACACUAUGGCGAUGCAAAGGGACAGCCAUUCGCCGCCAUUCUCAAACAGAUUCGUUAUUUUGCUGGCAGACAGAUCCGUAACGUUGGAACACCCGCCGGUAACCUUGCCACGGCCUCUCCUAUUUCGGACUUAAACCCAGUCUUCGUUGCUUCAAACGCCACGCUUGUUGCCAAGAGUUUGGACAAAACGAUCGAAAUUCCCAUGGCGGAGUUUUUCAAGGGAUAUAGACUCACUGCCCUUCCGCCCGAUGCCGUCAUCGCUAGCUUGCGCAUUCCAAUUUCAAAGGAGAGGGGCGAGUAUAUGCGCGCCUACAAGCAAGCUAAGCGGAAGGAUGAUGAUAUUGCCAUCGUCAACGCUGCCUUGCGCGUAUCGCUCAGCGAUGCAUACACUGUUGAUAAUGUCAAUCUAGUCUACGGUGGUAUGGCUCCGAUCACCAUUGCGGCAAAAAAGGCAAACGAAUACCUGGUCGGUAAGAAGUGGACAGAUCCUUCCACCUUGGAGGGCGCUUUUAGUGCAUUGGAGGAAGACUUCGAUUUGCGCUUCGGCGUUCCAGGCGGUAUGGCGACUUACCGGAAGUCUCUGGCGCUGGGCUUCUUCUACAAGUUCUAUCACGAAGUCUUGGCUGAAUUACAAGCCAAAGAAGCCGAGAUUGACAAGGAAGCCAUUGGCGAAAUUGAGCGCCAGAUAUCCCACGGAAAGAAGGACCAUUCGGUUGCGGACUCCUACUCCCAAAAGAUUCUCGGCAAGGAGCGACCUCACGUCGCGGCAUUAAAGCAAACUACUGGUGAAGCGCAGUACACCGAUGACAUCCCUGUUCAAAGGAACGAGUUAUACGGCUGUAUGGUGCUUUCAACAAAGGCGCACGCAAAACUCCUUGGUGUCAAUCCUUCCGCUGCGCUUGACCUACCUGGCGUUGUGGAUUGGGUCGACCACACCGACCUUCCCAGCCCCGAGGCGAAUUGGUGGGGCGCUCCUUGCUGCGACGAAGUCUUUUUUGCCGUUGAUGAGGUGUUCACUGCUGGCCAGCCCAUAGGUAUGAUCCUGGCGGACAGCGCCAAGCACGCUGAGCAAGCUGCCAGAGCUGUGAAGGUCGAGUACGAGGAACUCCCAGCUAUCUUCACAAUUGAAGAGGCUAUCGAGAAGGGGAGCUACUUCGACCACUACAGAUUUAUCAAGAAAGGUGAUACGGACAAAGCCUUCAAGGAUGCUGACUUUGUCUUUUCUGGUAUUGCCCGUAUGGGUGGCCAGGAGCAUUUCUACUUGGAGACUAUGGCCUGCGUUGCCGUUCCGAAACCCGAGGAUGGCGAAAUGGAGGUCUUUAGCAGCACGCAAAACCCUUCAGAGACGCAAACAUACGUUGCUCAAGUCACAGGUGUGGCUGCUAACAAAGUCGUCACGAGGGUCAAGCGUAUGGGCGGUGGGUUUGGAGGCAAAGAAACCCGUUCGAUCCAGCUCGCCGGUAUCGUAGCUGCUGCCGCAAAGAAGGCUAAACGCCCUGUUCGUUGCAUGCUUAACCGCGACGAGGACAUCAUUACCUCCGGCCAGAGGCAUCCAUUCCUUGGAAGAUGGAAGAUCGCUGUCAACAAAGACUACAAGAUUCAGGCUUUGGAUGCCGAUGUUUUUAACAAUGGAGGCUGGAGCCAAGACCUCAGUGGUGCUGUCGUUGACAGGGCUUGCUCACACAUCGAUGGCGUUUACCUUAUUCCCAAUGUCCAUGUCCGCGGUCGGGUUUGCAAGACAAACACGGUCUCGAACACUGCUUUCCGAGGAUUCGGUGGUCCUCAAGGCAUGUUCAUCGCUGAGACAUAUAUGGAGGAAGUUGCCGACCACUUAGGCAUCUCUGUGGACAAGUUCCGCCAGAUCAACAUGUACAAGGCUGGUGACAUAACUCACUUCAACCAGGAACUCAAGGACUUCUACGUACCUUUGAUGUACGAGCAAGUUCAGGAGGAGUCUGAAUAUGCACGCCGGCGCCAGGAAAUUGAAGAGUUUAACAAGACGCACAAGUGGAACAAGCGCGGCAUCUCCCUCAUCCCCACCAAGUUUGGUAUCUCUUUCACUGCGCUCUUCCUCAACCAAGCUGGAGCACUCGUCCACAUCUACCAUGAUGGAACUGUGUUACUUGCUCAUGGUGGUACGGAGAUGGGACAAGGUCUGCACACUAAGAUGACAAUGAUUGCUGCCGAAGCUCUCAAGAUCCCACAAGAAGACGUUCAUAUUAGCGAGACAGCAACCAACACCGUUGCAAAUACCUCCUCAACCGCAGCAUCUGCCUCCUCCGAUCUCAACGGCUACGCUGUUUGGAAUGCCUGUUCUCAACUGAAUGAGCGUCUGCAGCCCUACCGCGAAAAGCUCGGUCCGGAGGCAACCAUGAAACAACUUGCGCACGCAGCCUACUUCGAUCGCGUAAACUUGUCAGCCAACGGCUUCUACAAGACACCUGACAUCGGAUACGUGUGGGGCCCGAACACAGGCCAGAUGUACUUCUACUUCACGCAGGGCGUAACGGCCGCCGAAGUAGAAAUCGACACACUAACAGGCGACUGGACAUGCCGGCGCGCGGACAUCAAAAUGGACGUGGGGCGAAGCAUCAACCCUGCAAUCGACUACGGCCAGAUCGAAGGCGCAUUUAUGCAAGGCCAAGGCCUCUUCACAACCGAAGAGAUGCUCUGGCACCGAGGCUCUGGACAGAUAUUCACACGCGGCCCCGGCGCCUACAAGAUCCCUGGCUUCCGCGACAUCCCCCAGGAGUUCAACGUCAGUCUGCUCAAGGACGUCAACUGGGAGAACCUGCGCACGAUCCAGCGCUCGCGCGGCGUGGGCGAGCCACCGCUGUUCAUGGGCUCGGCCGUCUUCUUUGCGAUUAGGGAUGCGUUAAAGGCGGCGAGGAAGGAGUUUGGCGAGGAAACUGUGCUGGAGCUGCAGAGUCCGGCGACGGUGGAGCGCAUUAGGGUUUCUUGCGCGGAUCCGAUUGUGAAGAGGGCGAGGGUUGUGCCGAGGGAGGGAGAGAAGAGCUUUUUUGUUAGUAUUUAGGGGUGGUGAAGGGGGUUGAGGCGAGAUUGUGGUGGGUUUCGUUGGUAAGGGAGAAUGUGGUUUGGUUGGGGUAUGCAUUAGGAAGUCGAGCUGAGCGAAGUAGAUAUUGUUGUACUGUCGCUUCUGGCAAGAGCUAUGCGAAGACGAUCUGACGUCUAGGAUACGACUACCUAAACAGUGUUUCACAGUCAGUGAUCGAGUUGCUCGCCCGUGGUUUUUACCGCUUAGUGUCGACAACAACCUCGUGCCAAAGCUGCUGGUGAACUCACCAACUCAAAAGGCAUCCGAUGGUAAGUAUGGGAGACUUUGAUUGGUCAAAAAGUCUCCUUUU